GUGGUCUUCUGGGUACGUCAUUUCCCCUUCCAAACACGUGAGCUCGAAGAGGACGGUGAGAGUGAAAACAUGUCCAAAGCUAAACAAAAACGAGCCAAACGUCUCGGUUUCCUUGGGAAAUUUAAGACUAAAGAUGGACAGAAGGCCGAUGCCUCGGGGAGGACAAAUAGAACAAAGCAGUCAGCUGUUCAGCUUGUUAAGAACUCCAGAAAACCAGAGGAUGUCAGGAAACAAAGGCUUCAGGAUCUCCAGGAAAAACAGAAACUGUCCAGAGAGCGGGAGAUGAUGAAGAGGAGGAAUCUGGAAAGUUUUCAGAAUGAUAUCCUGCAGCGCCAGAGAGAGUUUGAGCGCAGGGAAACAGAACUGCAGACGUUGGAGAAACGUGUUAACUUUGAAAAUGAGAAUUCGAGAAAGGCUUAUUACAGAGAAUUUAAAAAGGUGGUGGAGAGCUCAGAUGUGAUUUUGGAGAUUCUGGAUGCACGCGAUCCUCUGGGCUGCAGAUGUCCUCAGGUGGAACAAGCCAUCAUCCAGAGUGGAACCAACAAGAAGAUAGUUUUAGUCCUUAAUAAGAUCGAUUUGGUCUCUAAGGAGAUAGUGGAAAAGUGGAUCAAGUUUCUUCGUAAUGAGUUUCCCACCGUGGCCUUCAAAGCAUCUACUCAGCAACAAAAUAAAAACUUGAAGCGCAGUAAUGUUCCGGUGACACAAGCCCCCUCGGAGCUUCUGAGCAGCAGCGCGUGCGUUGGAGCUGACUGCCUGAUGAAGUUACUGGGCAAUUAUUGCCGCAACAUGGACAUAAAGACGGCCAUCACUGUAGGCGUCGUAGGUUUUCCUAAUGUAGGGAAAAGUAGCUUGAUCAACAGUCUGAAACGAGCUCGGGCGUGCAGCGUCGGAGCCACGCCUGGUGUCACAAAGUGUCUUCAAGAAGUUCACUUGGACAAACACAUUAAGCUCCUGGAUUGUCCUGGCAUUGUCAUGGCGACAUCAACGUCUGACGCAGCCAUGAUUCUCCGUAACUGUGUGAAAAUCGAGCAGCUUGUGGAUCCUCUUCCACCCGUCGAAGCCAUCCUCCAACGGUGCAACAAGGCUCAGAUCAUGGAGCACUAUGGCGUUCCAGACUUCCAGACAGCCAGGGAGUUUCUGCUGCUGCUUGCUCGACGGCAGGGCAAACUGAGGAAGGGAGGACUGCCUGACACUGACAAGGCAGCUAAGAGUGUACUGAUGGACUGGACCGGAGGAAGAAUCAGCUACUUCACACACCCUCCAGAAACGCACACACUCCCCACGCACGUCAGCGCUGAGAUUGUUUCUGAGAUGGGAAAAGCAUUUGACUGGGAUGAGCUGGAAAAAGGAAAUCAGGAAGCUCUAGCAGAGUCCUCCUGCCCAGAUGUCCCAAUGGGGUUCUGCAUGGAACCUUCUGGAAUGACACAAGGUGGUCCAGAUGAGAUAAAUGCUGAGCCGGGAAUGGAAGGAGGUUCAGAUGAAGCGUUUCAAGAUGAAGUUGAAUCUAUGGCAGACGAUCAGGAUGGAGAGUUUGGACCAAUGACGGUGGAAAUAAAAGCACAGAAGAGGACUGAUGUGCCUGUGAAGGAGGCUGCUCCCAAAACGCCGAACCUGAAGGAUAUUUUACAUGUGGAUCCUCUACAGCAGGGCCAGGCUCUCCUGGCUGCCGGCAAGAAAAGGAAAAAGCUACAGAAAAGAGCUGAUAAAAUUGCCACCAAACUCUCGGACACGUUGACAUCUGCAAUGGAUUUCUAAUUUUCAGAUAUUUGAUUAAAAUUAAAUUAAAGAACAUAUCCGGA